UGCGUACCAGAGGUCGGUACAAGUAGGUAUCUUGGUAAGAUGGACUGCUCGAGUUACAUCCCCUGAACGGAUCGGAGGAGGUCGUUUUCGUAGAGGACGCAGUGUGAGGCUGGUGGUGGAAAUAGUAUCACGUGAGAUCAAAGAAGUCACGUGAGAUAUUGCUGAGUCAUCUCUGCUGGGGAUGUGCGCCCCGCCACAACUUGUUCACUGGCAGCUUGAAGUGCGUCUCCAGCUCCCCCUCAACUUGUUGAUCGUCUCACCGUAUCUCUCUUCCCUGCUCUCUCAUGAUGAUACUUGCCUAGCAGGGCCGCUUCACGUAUACUUUGCUUCUGGCGGGUCUGGUUCGUCCCGGCUGAUGGCAUCCCAGCUCAACGUUUUGCGUGUUUUGCUUUCAUGCGGCGGUGAUGAUGGAGGACUUGGAAGCUUCAUGGCAGACCCAAGAGUUCAGUGCUGUUUCCAUGCUAAUAAACAUACCCAGAUGCACCUCCAUCAUCCCUACCACCAGCCUCCCAUCCCUCACGUCGCGUCAGGGUGCAUCCUAGCAUGCAUCUGGAGUCGAUGAUUCAUCGUUGCAUCGAGUACAAAUGAUGCCGAAAAUAGAGAGCAGCGAGACACGAUUGUACUCAGCUGAACGGCUUCUAGACUACCAAUACUUGCCUCCUGUCAGUCAUCAGCUUCGCACCAUCGGACUGCACAAGACUACUAACCCCAGCUUUCUUACCAUUCCCUUGCAUGUAUCCUCUAUGGCGUCUCGGACGUCGGGUCGAUUUGAGCGCCCCAAGAGACUUGAUUGCCUCUCUGACAGGUGGAUCUUCGAUCUGAAUUGCCCAGAUGCGGCCCACCGAUUGGUCUACAUGGCAGGGGCUUGAUCCCACGACAAGGGACACCAGCUACACCUUCUUUCGACCAUCGACGCUCCCUUGUCGCUCAAACCCCUUCUGCCUCUGUUUUCGGCCUUCUCGGAGCCAUUUCGCAAGGACAAUUAAACAAUUCGAAAAGCUCGCUGGUGAUUGCAGGAACCCCUUUUUCGGCCCGCUUCUUGAAAACAGCCAUGCGCGGAUGUGGCUGCGCCAAACCAACCUCUCGGAUCGUGUCAUGCAGAGUUUGACAUAAAGUAAACGAAGCAUACUGACGUCCAUAUGCAUGCCACCUGAAUCCAGCAGUGACCCUCCUCCGUCAUCGAUGCUGCAAAUAAUAUACAUACUUUCCCUUCUCCUACAGGCUACCGCUUCUCCAUGUUCUUUCGCACCAUGAUUCUACUGCCCAAUGCCCCGAAAGUAUUCCCAUUGUGCAGUCUUAGCAGCCCAUUCCAGCCAUAUCCCUUAUCUUCCCAGUGAUCAGCCUGUAGAUGGUUUCUCAUCCUUGACUGUUUCCCCGCCAUGUCUGACGCCACAGCUUGCUGACCCGCCCUCCAAUGUGAAGCGUGCGCUGCGCUCACCCACGUUACCAUCUGACGAGCAAAAUACACUGUCAUCCUACGAUCGAACUUCUGCCAGGAAAGGGCAACCACAGUCAGGCUUCGGCAAUAUGCCAGGACGACUACUGGAUAACAUUUCCAACCCACGACGACCGAGGCUGAUCUUGGAUUGGCACGGAGGCAUCGAGGACGAUGAACCUCACAGCAAGCACUCUCAGCGUUAUCAAUCAGUGUCGAUGCAAUCGCGCUCCUCGCCUGGUCUUCCUUCGUCUGCAUCGUUCGAACCCUACAUCGAGAAAGAGGUGUAUCUUCCUCACUUAGACCUGCAGGUUUCUGAACAGAAUACACCCACAGGCACAAACGCCCCAACCAGGCUCGCCCGUCCUAGACCAAUGAGCAGCCAAAAAUUUCAGCCCAGAAAUGAUGUGGAAUCGUUUCAACAAUUGCGCGACCAACGUGGCCUCCGCUCGCCGUCCCGUAGCCACGGGGGUGAACCACUUCUAUCCGUCCAAGAAUUCCUCGACUCUUCGCCUAGCCUAAAACAAAACAUGUCCCCUCGAUCACGCCAAUCUUCCACCAUGUUUCCAGCGCCGUAUAAGUACCAGGAGCCCCCACAGUGUCCUCCGCUGCACAACAGGAAAAACAAGAGUGGUUAUAUGAUGUGGGACCGACAGCCUGCGAACCACCUACGACGCCAAAGGACAGACAGCUUUGGGGACUCUUCGGGUGACGACAUCGACUUUGUCCACGGCUCUCCUGUGACCACAGUGCAAGGACUUACACCAAGGGUUACGGUCUGGUCUGAUGAAAAGCUCCGGCAGCGAAAGAUAAUGGACCUUACACGGGAACUGGAAAUCCUGACAGGUCAGAAGGUUCAUGAUACCCGAUGGGAUGAAGAGUCGGCACAACCACCCCAUGGGAAACAGACAGGGAAAAACAGACGGAGUUUUGGGCUCUCCGACCAAGACGACAGCGAACUCAGCGAGCUCGAUGGGGUGGAAGUACGUCCUCUUCGCAGAUAUCGGUCGCUCUCACGAACUCGGUCGAACAACCUCCGUCGACCAUCGGAGGAUCGUGAUUCUGUCUUCCUGGUUCCUGACGACCAACUCAGUCCUUUGACUCCACACUCGACGCGGUCUCUCGAUUCCAUGGUAAAAGAGAAACCCACUUUGGCAACCACACCGGACAGCCAGACUGUAACCUAUUCGAAGCCCGGAGGUGGAGACUACUUCUCGUCAAUGCGCCCAGGGGUUGCAUAUGUGUCUAAACGGUCUGCGGACCAUCUCAGCAGAACCUCCGCGAAAGACUCUCCACGAGCAGUUCGAGAGGCGAACCCUGUCACUUCCAAUCGUGUCGCCACGGCAAUCGGCCCGGACCUCGACUCUCGGCCCCGCGUACGUCGUCACAGUGUAUCUGCCGCUGAUCGGUCGGAGCAAAGCUCAGAAGGCCCUGAACUGGGAGCAGCAUUGCGCCAUGUGUACGGCCUACAGAGGGAAAGCCGCACCCCGACCCUCAACUUUCGACCCUCAUUUCCAGUGUCUGCUACUAGCAACCCUUCACAGGCCUCACCAACAUCGCCAUCCGUUCCGCGCCAGCAAGUCGCAAGCUCAACGAUCACACACGGAUCAUCCACACCUCCGUUUGGCGUCCCCAGCAUCGUGCGCAAUCCAGAAAAGAUAGCAGCCAUCAAUGCGGAAGCCCAGAGGCGGUCAUCGGCUACACCGAUCAUGAGAACCACAGACAUGAGGCAGGCCGUCAGCACACCGGCCAAGAAACGACAACGACAUCUCCUGCACAAGCUCUCGUUUAUCCGGAGUAGAAACGCAAGUGUGACAGAAUUAUCCUCUCCAUUGCACGGCUUCAAUCUUGAGAACAACCGGAGCGUGGACAGAAUCGGAAUGAAGCAGUCCAAAGGCCGAAGGCUGUCGAUGCCAACAGAAGAGGAGGAAACGGGGCAGAAUUGGCUGUCGGGAUCGUCGAGCUCACCAAGAGCUGUUGCAUCUCAGCGCGGAAGUCUCGAUACCGGGCCCCGAUGUGCUCCGAAGAUGAGGGAGCAAACAGAUAAUGUCGAAGGGCAAUUUAUUCCCGAUGAUGACGAUAAAGACCAUGGCGAUCUCGGUGUUCGUGCAGCGGCGGACAAGUCGACGUCACGGAAUACAAGCAGGACCAUGCCAUCCCAAGCACCGCCACCAACCGUGAAGAGCAGAUUGCGGGUCGACCUACCUCCGCCGCGACAAAGAUACGGGAUCAAUCGGUAUGACGAAGAUUGGGAUCAUAAUGAUAAUAUUGACGAGCUGGAACAUGAAAACGAAGAGAAAAGAUCACACGCUGGACAUGAAGAUGACCCUCAUGGCGGUCCCAGUUCGGCCUCGGCUCUCCCUCCGCCAGAUAUAGCGCGACACCGCAACCGUCUUCGUCGUCAGCCCCGAUCACAUUCUCGCUCCCGUUCGUUUUCUCUCUCUUCUCGAUCCGGUCUCGGUUUUGGAUUUGGCUCACGGUCGGAACCAUACAAGACCCGCAUCCGCACAUCUUCGAUGCCCACAAGCAGUGGUGGCGUGCCAUUGACUUUCAGAAGCACUGGCACUACUGGUGGUGACGAUGACCGUGAUGAUACCCGCGGCGGCGUUGCUAUCAACGACUACGAUGACGACGAUGAUGGCAACAGAGUAGAAUCGAUAUUUCGGAUUCUGCGCGACGGUCCUAUUCUUCUUCCUCCUCCUGCUCCUACUUCUACUCCUACCCGCACUUCUGCCUCGACACCGAGACAGAAACCGGCUAACAUGACGGCGACGGUAGCAGCAGCAGGGUCACCACCACCAGUUGCCGACUUAAGGUCAGACCAUAAUGAUCCAGCAACGCAAGACAGACUAAAACUAGGAUCGCCGAGGAAAAUGUCAUUGUCGAUGUUGUCGAUGAGAUCGAUGUCUAUGCCUCAUAAUGAUUGGGAAGGACCACCGGGGGAUGGUAACGGCAACUGCAACGGCAAUGGCAACAGCGGCGCCAAUAGUGCCUCUGGAAGUGGAAGUGGAACUGGAAGAGGAAGAAGGAAAAGCGUGUUUGAAAGAAUCAUGAUGGGCGGACGACGGGCCUCAGUGACUUCGACGUAGAUUUAUAUAUCAGUCUCGCUUCAAAUUACUAGAACCUAACUUACAGUGCUAGUGCCCCUGAUACAUGUUAUGACAGGACAAUCCAUACAUCGGAGGAUCAAUGAUGUAUCUACUGUAACUGAACAUCAUGAUGUGCUUGAACAUGUCAUACUGAAGUUGGUUAAGCCGAGUACUAGUAAGGAUACAUUCAUAUACGCCUCCUACAUCGUUCAGACACUACCUAGGGAGUAGCUGUCACGACAGAUAAUCGUGGGACAGCACAAGCUGAAUAAUG